AUGGGUAAAAAAAACGCAAAAACAGAAGAAAAAAAGGUGAGAGCGGCAGAUUUCUCGAACUUUCAGACUUCUGAUUCGAGACCGACAGGGUUGCAUCAGAUUUUCGCAUCAUUCAACAGCACAUCGCGCACAGAAACGAAUCAGUCAAGUAAAUCAGAGUCGUCCACAACGACGAGAGGAAGUAGAAGCCAAGAAGAGGGGAUUUCGGACACGUCGGAGUCACAAGCGGACAUCCUGGCACUGCUGAACAAGCUGACGAAGAAAGAUAGCGUGACGAAGCUGAAGGCGCUGGAAAUGUUCAACGAACUGGCGGAAGUGACGCCCGAGAGCGUGCUGGAGGAGUACAUAGUUGACAUAAUACACCUCUUCAAGAAGUCAGCAGUGGUCGAGCCAGUUAAAAAAAUAAGAAUGGAGUUCGGAAACCUGCUCUGCAAAGUGUCGAGUAAGCUGAAAAGGAAGCUGCAGCAGUACCUGGAGUCAUUUAUAACGCACUGGUGGGUGGCAAUGCACGACGAAAGCAGAGAAAUCGCGGAAGUGUACGUGGAGGCGUUCAGGAACCUGUUCACAACAACAAUGUCGAAAGAAGAAUUUGAACUAAAGAGACUUAAAAUACUCAACUUCUACUUCACGCAGAUGGCAGAAGACUACAUUAAGUUCGUUAACAAGGACCUGGACAGCUACGGAAAGGACUGGCUGGACACGUUCGGAAAGUCGAGUCAGAGCAGCGCAAGCAUAGCAGACAUGCACAACAGACUCUUCUGCUCAGUCCUGCACUCGCUGAUGAACCUGUUCGUGUACGCAAGAGUGCACAGAGAGGAGGUGUCCUUUGACCUGGAUCGUCUGGCACAAGAGCACUUCGUAACGCGAGUGACGAGCAUAUCGAAGAUGUCAUUCAAGAAGAGACUGUCGUGCGUGCUGAUGCUGGUGGAGAUGGUGAAGGUGUUGCCGAAGGAGAGCCAAGGAUUGCUGGAGCAGCUCAUCGAGCACGCAGUGGAGAGCCUGAAGGCGGAGACGGAGCCGGCGCUGAUAUACCACAACGUGAGGCUGAUAUGCGCGUGCACGCGAGAAAACAGCAGUGCACUGAGGAAGUACCUGCCGAACUACCACGACCUGGUGGUGUCGCUGCUCAAAAACUUCAACGGCGAGUACGGGAACAAGGUGGACCUGUACACGCUCUUCCCGUCUCUGUACAUGUACAUAGACCCUGAGUACUUUGAGCAGUACAAGAAGAGCUUCGAGGACAUGCUGAGCUUCCUGGCAGACCUUAUGACGAAGGAGGUGCUGUCGCUGCGAAGGAACGCCUACGCAUUCGACCUGGUCUCGUUCAGGACGCUGGGCACGAGAAUGCUCUGCUGCUUCUACAAGCUGCUGCUGCUCUCGAAGAAGAAGUCGCCGGGGCUCAUCACGCUGCCGCUGGAGAAGCUGGCGCCGGUGAAGGAAAACUCGCGAGACUUCCUGUGGAACUACCCGGCAGUGAUGACGGAGUACGUGACAGAGUCGAGUCUGCUGGGGGACGCAACCUUCGAGGCUACGAUGGAGAGGCUGCUCUCGUACGCAGAGGAGAGCACGGUGCUGGUGGCCUCGAUCCUGGACAGCCUGCUGGCGAAGCACGCGCCUGAGGUGACCAGAGCGUGUCCGGGUCUGGAGAAGGCCUACGAGGAGCUGAUGAAGAAGGUGACGCAGAAGCUGCCGCACUGCCUGGAGCAGCACCUGAGCCACCAGGCGGACCUGACGCUGGACAUAGAGCAGCUUGUGCAGCUGCUGAAGAAGAACUCGCUGACGCUGCCGCACAGCAUACCGCUGCUGCUCUUCAACUCCCACCCGCAGUCGGACUUCAUGGACGACUACAAGCUGCUCCUGCAAGUCUACAAGAGCCUGAAAGGGUCACCCCUGGGGGACUGGAGGGAAGCGGAGGAGCUGGACGGGCGGCUGCUUCUCUUCUACGCAGCAGUGGAGAUGGAGCACGACGAAAAGGUGGCCGAGCAGGUGCUGACAAGGCAGUUCGACCUGGAGGACACGUGCACGAGCUUCCUGGUCAACGAGUUCCUGAACGGCUGCACGGGCCCGAGGUACUCAAAUGAACUUGUCGGCUUCGCAGAAAGGCACAUAAGCCUGGACCUAUUCCACAAACUGCUGGGCCAGGUGGACCACAGGCAGCUGACGAGGGAAAACAGGCGAGCCUACGAGACGAUGCUGAUCACGUACCAGCUGUACGAGAACAAGCACGUGGAGUUCGAAGGGGAAUACGACAAAACGCUGGCUGAGAGCGUCCUGACGUCAUACCUGUGGCUCUUCCUGAGAACAAGACACUGCGACUACGUGAGGUUCACGAAGUACGUACUGGAGGAGUUCGCAAGCACCAGGAAGGCAGGCGUUGGCUGCGCCAGCAACGGUAGCGUUAACGCCCGUAUCAGCACUUCGGACAGAGUCAACGCCGCACACACAAACAGCACCUUGGAAAACAGAAAAGACACGAGCACCGUUAACGGAGACAGUUUGAUGAGCGAAGAGCGUUUGGCGAGACUGGAUUCGUUGCCGACAACGGCCCACACGGAGUUUGAGAGCACGGCGAAGGACCUGGGAUCGCUGCUGGGAUCGCUGUUCGAGGCGGACUUUGUGGUGGAGGUGCUUAACAGAACAAUAAGGCUGAUUAAAUCAGUGAAGCCGAAAACUCUCCACAAAAGAUGCUAUUACCUGGUGGUGAACGUGUACAUGAAGUCGGAGGAAACAAAGGGAAACGGCAGCAGCAUUGACGCAGAUAGAUUUCUGGACAUGUUCGUGAAGGCACUGGUGGGAUCAGGACUCGAGCACUGCGCGACAGCGCACGCAGAUUUCAUAACGAUCACGACGAAGUACAGGCUGGACGACACGGAGGUGUCGAGAAGGUUCCUGGAAAACAUGGUGAGCCAUUUCAUGGAAGAGAGAUACAAAACAGUGAAAAAGCUGGAGAACAGCGUGAAAAUAUUCAAGUACUUCUACAAGGCAGUGCGAAUGAGCCUGCCUAAGACAGCAGAGCUGGUCUCGUUCGUUAAAACAUGGUUUGACAGGAAUUUGGCGUCGCCACACUUCCUGGCGGCAAUUUACGAAGCGGAAGACGCGUCGGAGGACAUAGUGAGGCUGGAAAUAAACAUAUUUAAGCUGCUGAUGUCCAACAUUCAGAACAAAUCGGAAACGAGCGAACCGGAGAGGUGUGACUGUUACACAUUUUUAAACAGUAUGACGCUAUCCACACAACUGAUAGCAAAUUAUAAUGCAGCAAGAAGUACACAAAAAAUAGAAGGCGAGAAGUUAGCGAAAUUGUUUACCAAAGGGGCAAAAGGAGGAGAAAAUCAAGAUCCCUCACCCCAUAAAGGCCAGAGAGAAGAUAAGUCAGAUCAAACAGCCGAAGAGGAAAGUUCAACAAAGGCAGAAAAGGAGGAACUAAGAAGAACAGUAGCAAACACACUCAAACUAUUCUUCAGAAUCAAAUUAGACUCGAAAUUAGAGAGUUCAUGGGCGUACCUGUCAAUAUAUAGGUUCAUAUCACUGUUCCCGGAAGAAAUCACCGCAGAAAUUAAAAAUGAUAGCAAUACUCUUAAUUCUCAGUGCCUUAAACAUCUGUAUAGUAGCCUCGGUGUUCACGGUGUUUCGACGAAGCUCUUCACUGCUGUUAUCAAGUACACACUAGAACAGGGGCUAGGGUCGACCCUUAGACUGGGCACUGAGCUGGAGCUGGAGCGAGCAUUUGAGCACCAGAGCGGAGAAGAGAGCGAGGUGACGCGGAACCUGGAAAGCCUGGCGGUAAGAAACGAGAAGGAAGCAGCUACAGUAGCAUACUGGCUUCCACUGUGCAUUAAGUAUGGCCAGGGGUGCCAGGACCUGGACGACGGAGAGUCAGUGGCAGAGUUCUCUGAUGCAGUGUGUUCGCUGCUGCAGCACAUACACCAGAUGCAGCCGCCCUCGCACUACGUGAACAGGUACGUGGCGCAGCUGUGGGAGUGCAGACCCCUAUACCCGAAGAUCUCGGAGUCGGGAGUCUUCUGCAACUUCCCGAACAGAGAGUACGUGGUCAUGAUAAGCAGCUUCCCGAAGGGCGACUUCUUCGAAGACCUGAGCGGAUGUAAAGUGGACGCAUACAGGCUGCUGUACACAUUCAACAACUACUCGAACAGAGAUGAGGACGCGAAGGAAGAAGAGGCAGAAGAAAAGGGAGACAGUGAGUCAAAGGAAGGAGAUUCCGAGUUUGAGUCGCCAGGGGAGUCCGAGGAGGAGAAGGCAGGAUUGUCAGAAGAAGAGGCCUCGGAAGUCGAGGAGGGGAGCCCGGGGAGCUCAGUGAACAUGGAGGACGUGAGGAACGGAUACGACCUCAUGAAGCUCUACUUCUCGCUUAUCAUAGGGCCGUACCUGACGAGGAGAAUCAUGACCACGCACGAAAACCUGGAGACGAGCAACCUGCAGGAGAUAGAAAGGUGCCUGAUGGCGUGGCUGACGGUCUUCAACAUGCACGCGAAGUACAAGGCGCUGGGAAAUCUGAACUGCGCAAACGCACUGGUUAAGCUGCUGACGGAAAAGCCGCACGACCUGGGAGAGUACAUCAACGAGGCAUUCCAGGAAAACCUGGGAGAGGCGCUGCAGGAGACGGGAGAGUACGAGGACAUGUCGCACGUAUACGCAGCAGAGUUCGGACUGGGAGACCUGUACGCAGAGGAGUACUUUGAAAGAGAAUACUGCAGAAACAGCCCGCUAGACAUAUUCCUGCGACUGCUGAUACAGUGCCUGGAGAAAAUGCUGAUCAAGGACGAGGAGUUCUGCGAAACGGUUAAGAUGCUCUACUACAAGGCAGCUAAAAUAUUCCCGACGCAGGUCUCGGAAAUGUGGAACAACUGCAAAAACUCGUACGUUAAGAAAAACAUUAAGAAGUUCACGAAGCACGAAGUGACGCAGAAGCUGAUCAAGCACGAACUGGAGUCGCUGAAGAACAUGACGAACGACCUCACAGUGUACCACGACGUGACGAAGAAGGAGGUGACGGCGAAGCUCUUCGUGAAAAACGAGAUCAACGCUAAAAUCACAAUCAAGGUGCCCUCGGCGUUCCCGCUGGAGCCUCUGACAUUCAUGUCAAACGACAGCAAGAAGAACCACAAGUGGGUCAUGUACUCGCACUCGGAGGCGAACAGGAGCGGAAUAGCGCAGGGGCUGCUGCUGUGGUACAACAACGUGGUGAAGUACUACCAGGGGAUCGACGAGUGCCCGAUCUGCUACUCGAUAGUCCACGCGCAGUUCCAGUCGAUCCCGACGAAGGCGUGCAAGGUCUGCAAGUACAAGUUCCACAAGGAGUGCCUCUUCAAGUGGUUCAGAAACGCAGCAAAAGCAAAGUGCCCAUUGUGUCAAUCGCAAGUGUCGUUUUUAUGA